CAACAGUGUCAGGAGAAUGUCCGGUGCCGAGGAUUAUCAGUUUUUAAGAACAAGACACAUUAAGUUUUUACAAAGAUGCCUCAGAGUUCUUCCUUACAGUGCCGUCACCUUUGAUACGAGUCGGAUGACCGUCCUGUUCUUCGCACUCUCCGGACUGGACCUCUUGGAUGGCCUUAAGGAAGUGGAGAAAACUGAGAUGCAGCACAUCAUCAACUGGAUAUACUCUUUACAAAUACUGCCUGGUGAUGAUAAAGAUCAGUUGGCAAAUGCUGGGUUUCGAGGAGGGACGUCCCUGGCCAGUUGCAGAGGUCAUGCUGACUCAGUCAGUAGUAUAUCUUCAUUUGACUGUGGACACAUUACUAUGACCUACACAGCCCUUGCUUCCUUAAUUAUAUUAGGUGAUGACCUGAGUCGCGUUGACAGAAAAGCAGUUUUAGCGCAUGUAGCAUCUCUACAGUGUCGAGAUGGCAGUUUUUUCUCUACUCGUGGAGGCAGUGAAAAUGACAUGCGGUUCAUGUACUGUGCAGCGACCAUCUGUUACAUUCUUCAAGACUUCUCAGCCAUAAAUAUCAACACUGCUGUCCAGUAUAUCAUCAACAGCAUGAGUUAUGAAGGAGCUAUGGGUCAGGGAAUAUACUUAGAGAGCCAUGGAGGAAGUAGCUACUGUGCAAUUGCAACUCUACAUUUGAUGGGGAAGCUGAGUUCAGCUCUAUCCAAUAUUCAGAAACAAAGACUAGUGCGAUGGUUGGUUAGUCGACAAGAUAGUGGUGGUUUACAAGGCCGCCCCAAUAAGCCACCUGAUACUUGCUACACCUUCUGGAUUGGGGCAUCUUUGAAGCUACUUGGAGGUCUUGACUUCUUGAAUCUGGAAGCACUGCGGCAGUUUGUUCUGUCAACACAAGACCCCAUCACAGGGGGCCUAGCAAAAUACCCUGACUCCCAUCCAGAUGGUCUUCACACAUAUUUGGGAAUCAGUGGACUUGCCCUCUUAGGGCGAGAUUGCCUUAAACCAGUAGACCCGGCCUUGAACAUCAGUGAACGGGCCCUCAAACAUCUCCACUCAUUGCACAAAUCUUCCACUCAAAACUCAAAGUCUACAAAAUGUUGAUGAGCAGCAUUUGUUAUAAGAGGCCUCAUAUGGUAGCUUUGUUAUUUGUUUGACUUGUGCCAGUUGGGGUAAAUUAUAGAUGAUGUAUACACUUCAGAUAUAUUCUUUGCAUGUAGAGUCAUUGUAUUUCAUGCACAUUCAUAUAACAAAUGAUGUUAGAAUAUGUAAAUUGUAUAUAUUUAUAUUUAUAUAAAUACUGUAUAGCUAUAAACAUUUACGUUCAGAAACAAUGUCUGUGUUAUAUGUGGUUUUAACAUUGAAUUGGAAAAGGUUUAAGACAAUUUUGUUAUUAUUAGUGUGGCAGUUGUGUAUUCUCAAUUGUUAUUUUCAGUUACAGUAGUGUCUUAAUGAUACAAUUCGUGUACAUUCUAAUCAAGUUGAUCAUUUAGAAGCAAACAAGUGAUUGCAGGCCCUUCGUGCCCAGUGAAAGUUUGAAUGCUCGUGCUUGGCUAGCGCGCAACCGCUGUCCAGCUGACAGCGUACAGCAAAUGAGGGUGCGCCAAGUCCGUAGACUUGCAUCGUU